UGUGUUCAUAUUCAAAUGAAGCAGAAUAACUGUUUACUAUGUCUUAAAAACAUACUCGUGUCUCCUUCCUUUGGCUGUACCUUUCAUAGUUCUCUGUAUAUCCACAUCCUUAUUCAUAUCAGGGCGGACUGACCAUUUGGAAACUCGGGCACUGCCCGAGGGCCCGGGGUCAGUAGGGGGCCCCAUGAGAUGCCCCUGGUACCUUUUUCAUAGCCUUUUUUGAGUUUGGGCAAGGACACAGGGGCCCCAUGAUCCCCUAUUGCCCAGGGGCCCCAUGA